GCUGUACAGUGUACACUACAUUAGUCUACAUACUUCAAGACGAUCAUGCUCUCUCUCUGCUGCUAAGCUGCCGAAAUGGCGAUAUCACACGAUGAAACUGCAAAGCGUCGCGGCGUCUUGCUGGCCUUUUGGGCCGUAUUCCUGCUUGGCUUGCCCAUGUGGUAUCUAACGACGCAAGUCUCUCGUGCACCCCUCCCUGCGCUGCCAACUUGGGCUCCACUCAAGCCUAUUUUCCCGAUCUCUAUUCAAUUGGAAGAAGACACACUUGCCGGUGUGUCUGCUCUGGCAAUUCAGAAAUUGAAUUCUGUCCAAGAUGUAUAUCACUUCUCGACAGAGACUGCAGCUGCAAGGGAUACUUGGACUGUCCAAGUCAAGCUUGGCGCGCAGCAAGCUAUACAAUUCGAUGAGAAUAAGUCACGCACAAUCACGCUCACAGUACCAGCGACGCAAGACCACGCUUCAAUAGCAGAUGCUGUAGCAGAAACUUUACAGAAGCUGACUGGUGAUGAACGCCAAACAAUGGCAGCGUCGCGGAUCUCUGCGCGUGCCUCUGCUGAUCUACGCGUCGUCAAUUAUGCGCCGCGAUUCAACUUACUCUUCUCCCUCAUGAAUGGCGGCGGAUUGCAUCCCUUCCUCGACUGGCCAAUUGAGUCUGUCCUUGCGGAGACAGUUGAGCCGAUCCUGGCGAGUAUCCAAGAGGUAUCUACAUUCAUCGUUGAGAGUCAAGUGCAGCAUUAUGCAGAGCUGACGUUUGAACCGAAAUUUGAGGAAGAGACGGGAGAGCAUGUCUUGCUACCUUCUGACCUCAGCAACGUCAUCAACGCCGCAGAAUGGCCACUUGCGACUGCGGAAGGGGACGCCAAACCACUCAAUUUUAUCAUCUAUGUGCCGAAACCUGAGCAUAGGCCACUUGUCAUCAAACAAGAUGGCAAAUCAGCCGCCGGCUAUGCCUUUCUCUUGCCGCAAUUUGGUUCCGUUGUCAUUUACAAUCCACCAGCAAAUGAGACGAGCAAAACGAUGGACAAAGCUAUUCUAGCGACGAUGAUGGAGACGUGCACCUCGCAUUUUCUGACGUUGAUUGGGAUGAGUCCGCGUAUUGCAGGGUGGCCAGACCACUCACUCUGGCGACGUGACGCUUUCUACCGUGCGCGACUCAUGGAGCUUAUUCGAAGUGCUCAGCAGACCCUUGCGUCGAUUCCCAAGAUGGUAGAUGCAUUACCAAACAUGCACGUUCCUGAGCAGGCUGCUGCGCGUAUGGCACAAGCGCUGACACAUGUCGAUGCGGCCUUACUGCAUACAACAGCAGCAAACGACUAUGACUUGAUUGCAGCGUUACGGCAUGCGCGACAAGCAGUCGCUUUUGCGGAAGCUGCCUUCUUUGAUGACAAGAUGGUGAGUUUGUUGUAUUUCCCACAAGAACACAAGUAUGGCGUGUACAUGCCACUUUUUGGACCACUGCUGUUGCCUUUGGGUUUGUCAUUGCUCAGGGAGAUCAAGGGAUUCCUUGUAGCGCGUCGAGUGCGGCGGAGUACGGAAGCGAAAAAGGUGCAAUAGAAGGAGAGAAGUUCGAUGGCUUUGGCUUAUUUACAUGAACGUAUAGAUGCCUGU